AGAACUACCUUUUGAGCAACUCAUUAAUGGCGAUCCCAACGCUCAUCACUCAAACACGUAUAAAUUCGAGUACGAGUGAGUUAGUUUUGAGUGAGAAACACAAAAAUUAAAAGAAAAAGAAAAGGAAAAAUAUGGGAGGUUUUUUAGCAUACGCGUUAGCUAUUAUUGCUGCCGUGCUGUGCAGCUGCGCAAACUCUCAGUUAGUUCCGGCGAUCAUAACGUUCGGAGAUUCGACGGUGGACGUCGGAAACAACGACUACAUUCACACCAUCUUCAAGGCCGACCACCCUCCCUACGGCCAGGAUUUCUCCAAUCGAGAACCUACUGGAAGGUUCUGCAACGGCAAAUUAGCCACCGAUAUCACGGCUGAGAAUCUCGGAUUCACGGCCUACGCGCCGGCGUAUCUGAGCCCGCAAGCGUCGGGGAAGAAUCUUCUUCUCGGAGCCAACUUCGCCUCAGCCGGCUCCGGAUACGACGAUAACACAGCAGAAUUAAGCCAUGUGAUUCCACUGUCGCAGCAGCUGCAGUAUUUCAAGGAGUACCAGAGCAAGCUAGCGAGCGUGGCAGGGAGCAAGAACGCAUCAUCAAUCAUCAAAGACGCAUUGUACCUCAUCGGCGCCGGCAACAGCGACUUUCUGCAGAAUUACUACGUCAACCCUUUCCUCAACAAGCACUACACCGUCGAUCAGUACUCCUCCUAUCUCAUCAACAUCUUCUCGAAUUUUGUCAAGAGCUUGUACGGACUAGGAGCAAGAAGAAUCGGAGCCACUUCACUGGCGCCAACAGGCUGCCUCCCUCUAGCAAGAACCAUAUUCGGGCAGCACGAGAGCGGCUGCGUCGCCAGCUUCAACACCGAUGCUCAGCAGUUCAACAAGAAGAUCAAUGCAGCUGCUUCUCAGCUCAAGAAGCAGCUCCCCGGUUUGAAGAUCGUCAUCUUUGACAUCUUCAAGCCCUUAUACGACCUUGUCUCCAAUCCCAAGAAAUUUGGCUUCGUGGAGGCGACAAGAGGCUGCUGUGGGACAGGGACCGUGGAGACAACGUUUGUUCUGUGCAAUCAGAAGUCGGGAACUUGCAGCAACGCCACCGAGUAUGUGUUUUGGGACAGUGUUCACCCCUCUCAAGCUGCAAACCAAGUUCUUGCCGAUAGCCUCAUCAUCGCCGGCAUCUCUCUCGUUGCUUGAUACCAUAUUUUCUGUCUUUUUACAAUAGUACAAACAGUCAAGAUUUUUCUCUUUUACUUCUUCAUCUUUUCUUGUGUUUUACAUCUUGAUGAAAAGUCUGUAAGCUUUUGUUGUAUUAUUUGUGAUCAUGUUGUCUUAUUUACACACAAUUUCGAUAAAUCUAAGCUCCUGUUUACGGAUAAA